UCUCACUCUUCAGUUUUAGUGGAAAAGCCGCUUUUGGAUAAAAAGUUGCAGCAAGUGUCAAGAACUAUUUUAAGGUUUUGAUACCUAGUGUGAACGUGUAGACAAAAGUGUUAAAAAAGUCAACAAAAUGAGUUUCGGAUUCGCCUCAAAGCCAACAUCCAAGAGUUUUGAAGAACCCAACACCAGCAGCAAUACUUAUGGAAUUCAGAGUCCGUUUGACUCGGGAUUGAGUGCCACCAGAAAAACAAUAGGCUAUUCACACCCGCUUGAAGCAUCAGAAAAGAAUUACCACAAAAAUAGUGAACGUAUGGAGAUGCUUAUGCUUCGCAACACACAAGGUUUACAUGCACCAAUGCGUUUGGCAAUGGAAUUGAAAUCAUCUGAAAAAAUCGGUAGGCUGCCAUUCUUACCGUCAUCCAAUCUGAUGCGUGACGUUAUACUUGGAAGAGAUGAAGACAUAGGAUUUGAAGAUAUAUUAAACACAUCAGAAUUCAGGGAACAAAUGGGACAACCACACGCUGUUGUAGAAAAGAGUUUGGGAAUCUUAUAAGGUUUGCUUUUAAGUGAUAAUUGUUUCUAAUAAAUAUUGAUCUAUACUUUGUCUUAUAAUUUGUAUUCAUAAGAUUUUUAAUAAAUCUCAUACAUAUAAAAUUUA